AUGAGCAUGCUUGGGUAUAGUGGGUAUGAGCAAUGUGAAGGAUAUUCGAAUGAAAAGAAUGAAUACUCGAUUGAGAAGCAAGAAACUAAUGAAGGUAGUAGUAUUUUAAGUGGAUUGUCAAAUAAAGAGGUUUGUGGAAAGUUGAGUGAUGAUGAAUCUGGUAAAUCAAUAAAUGAUAUGGUAUCAGAAAAUAAAGAAGGAGAUAACUAUUUAGAAAAUUCUUAUCCUGGUCAUAUAAAUAUGUCUCCGAAACAAAAAGAUGAAUAUGGUAGUUCUAAAUCUAGUGAAAUUUUUAAUACAUAUAUAAACAAUGGAGGUCUUGACAAUAAAUGUUAUAGUCAAUGUGAAACAAAUAAUUAUGAAGAAAAUAAUUUUUAUAAUUAUGAAAAUAAUAAUAUAUAUGAUGGUAUAUAUAAUACUACAAUUCCUGAUAAUGAUGCAGGAAAAAGUAUAUAUGAUAUAGAUAAGUACAUACUUUUAAAUAUAAGUGCUAACUUAGGAAAUAGAGAAAAAAUAUCUGAACUGAAUGGAACGAAAUUAUAUACACAAGAAAGUAUUACAUCUAUGGAUAGAAAAAAUAGUGACAUUGCAAAUGAAGCAACUGCCAAAAUUCAUGAAGAAAACUUAUCAACUAACAAGAGUAUCAAUUAUGAGGUUAAAAAGGAAGGAGACAAUAAAGAUGGUGAAAAAGAAGUAGAAGAAGACGUAGAAAAGGAUUUAGAAGAAGACGUAGAAAAGGAUUUAGAAGAAGACGUAGAAAAGGAUGUAGAAAAAGAUAUAGAAAAAUCAAACAAUACCGGUGAUAAUAUAAACAAUCCUGUAAUUGAAAUUGAUGAUUCUUUAGAGGAACCUAAUGGAACUGACUGCUUAUCUUAUUACUCUAAAAAUAGUGCACCCUUUGAUGAUACACAUCAUAGUAUGGAUGGAAAUGAAAACAAUCUUCCUAACAAUAAUAAUGAUUCAGGAAAGUGGAAGUCGGAAAUAAAAAAUGGUAAGAAUUAUGAAAGAACUGAAAAAGAGAAAAAUGAAGAAGCAGGUGGAGUUGAAGAAAUGCCAAUUGAAGUGGAGGAUGAUGAGGGAGAAGUUGAAAAAGUUGAAAUAAAUGAAGCUGAGGAUAUGGAUGUUGAAAUAAUCCCGAUUGAUAUUAUAGACGAUGACGAAAAUAUUAUAAAAAAUGUAAAGAAAAAAAAAUCAAGUAAUAAGAAUGGAAAUAAUGGUCGUGGUUCAGGAUCAAAUAAAGAUAAACGUAAUGAUUUAGAUUUAGAAGAUGAUAUAACAAGUAUUUUGUAUGAGCACUUUAAAAGUAUAAAAGCUAAAGUAGAUGUAUAUAGGAAAUCGAAAAAAGAAAAAAUGGUUAGAAUCGACAAAAUUGAUAGUUUAAGAAGAAAAAGAAAGAAAAGAAGAUUAUUAAGAUAUAGAUUUGAAAGAAAUAAAAAUGGAAUAUUUGAUUUUUUAGUACCAUGUUCAUCAGAAUAUUCAGCAUUUAAAAGAUGUGAAGAUAUUGGAUUAGUAUAUCAGCAUAUAGUUGCUACUGAAAGAACGAUAGAGUAUAUAUACAUUUGCUCACAACAUGAUAAUUGUACAGGUCAAAUUAUUAUCAUUGCAAAUUUAAAAAAUCAUAGAGUUGAAAUAAAAGCAACAGGAUCUACUUGUAUAAGUUUUAAUGAUUUAUAUGAAGAUAAAAAGAAUGUAAGUGGUAAUAGAUUUCGAUGGAUAUAUUUAGAUACAUGUUUUGGAAUACAAGAAGGAAAAAGUAGAGCCACAAGUAUGGGAUAUAAAUAUUUGAAUAGUAGUGUAACAGGGAAACGAUAUGUUAGAAACUUUAUAUGUUUUUUAAAUAAUCAAUGUAGUAGUAGAUUACGUGUUGUUAAGGAUAAUGAAACAAAUAAAGUUUGGCUUGAAUUAUCGGGAUUGAAUCAUGAAAGACAUUGUCCAUUUUAUCGUGGUAUUACAAAAGAAGGAAUACUUAAUAUUAAUAGAAGUCUUCUUAAUAAUUCCAUAGAUGAUGCUAAGUCUGCUAUUACAACAAUUAUAGACAAAUAUAACAGUAGUAAAAAAAGUGCAAAAAAUGGAAAAAGUAAAAAACAAAAUAAAAAGUUAGAAAAAAUAAAAAAAGAGGAAUCAAAUAUGUUAGAAACGCAGCAAAAUGAAAUGAAUAAUCAAUUUGGAAAUAAUGUUAAUAAUCAUUUCCCAGGCAAUGGUAAUAAUAAUUUUCCAGGCAAUGGUAAUAAUAAUUUCCCGGGCAAUGGUAAUAAUAAUUUUCCAGGCAAUGGUAAUAAUCAUUUCCCAGGCAAUGGUAAUAAUCAUUUCCCAGGCAAUGGUAAUAAUAAUUUUCCAGGCAAUGGUAAUAAUAAUUUUCCAGGCAAUGGUAAUAAUAAUUUUCCAGGCAAUGGUAAUAAUAAUUUCCCAGGCAAUGGUAAUAAUAAUUUUCCAGGCAAUGGUAAUGACAACAUGAGACAUCCUACUUUACCUGUACAACGAAAUAGUAUCAACGGGCAAAACAAUUUUAUAGGAAAUAAUUCAUAUCCAAAUUUUCAAAACAUGCAAGGAAGACAUAAUAUGAUGGGUGGUAUUCCAAAUGGUCCUCCUUAUAAUAAUGUAUAUUUUAGACAAGGUAGUAUAAAUCCUGAGUUUAAUAAAAAUUUAUUUUUAAUGCAAAAUUGUAGGAAUAGUUUUUCUGCAAAUAACAAUAUUCCAAACAUUUUAAAUGAUAUGAAUCGAAUGCAACAACAUGGAAAUAACUUUUAUAUAAAUGGGCACGGAAUUAAUAAUAUAAACAAUCCCCAAGGACAUAAUUAUAUGGAUGUAAAUAAUCCAUAUUUACAAAAUUUACAUAACAGAGUCGUUAAAAUGGAACCACAAAAUCAAGAAUGGUUAGAAAAUGGUAAUGUUGGAUUAGGUACUAGAAAUUCGUCUGAAGGUGGAAGCAUUAGAAACACAUCAAAUAUAAAUGGUGGAAGUUCUGAACAGUUUGAAACAGAUAAUAAACAAAAUAAUGGUAUUCCAAAUUUUCAACCUAAUAAUAGACAAAAUAUAGAAGAAGAAAUGGGAUGUAAUAAUAGAAAUGGAUUUCCUGAACAGAAUAGAAAUAUUUCAGAUUAUUCUUUAUCAUUAUCAUGUGGGAAUAAUAUGAAUAGCAUUGGGAAUAUGAUAAACAAGACUGAUGCGAUUCGAAAUUUUGUUUUAAACUCCCAUGAUCAACGUUUUAUAGCUAAUCACAUAUACAACAGUCCACAUAAAAGUAUGUACAUCAAUGGAAAUAAUCCUUGUGUAGUAGGAAGUAAUGGAUUUGUGAAUCAACCAACUAACGAAGGUGAGUCUAGGAAUAUUUCUCCCGAUAUAGAUAAUAAAAAUGAAAAAAUUCAGGACAUUAAAAAUGGUAAUGAUUUAGAGCAAGUAAAUAGAAAUGGUGAAGAUAGUAAGGAAGUAGAAUCAACAAAUAGAGAGAUUCCCCAAAUUGGGUAUAACCAUUACUAUAAUUAUAUGAACAGGCAUAAUAUUGUACCUUAUGAGGGACCAAAUCCAAAUGUACAUCCAUCGGAUUUAUUAAAUUUAAAUUUUUAUAAACAAGAGAAUUCCAACGUUUUAAAUAGGAAUACAGAUCAAGGUUUAUUUCGAUGUUCUGAAUUAGUUGAAAAUUCUAAAGAUGGAAAUAAAAGUGUUGAUAAACAUGGGUUGAACUUACAAGGUGUAUAUGAAAAUGGUAAUACAGAGAUGGGUUCAAAUAAUUUAUCGAUUCAGAAUCAAGAAGGUGGAUCUGAUAAUCAUGGAGAAAAUUCUAUACAAUUUUUUGGAGAAACUGAUGGAUCUAAUGAGUUUAAAGAAAAUGGACAAGUAGCUAUUUGUAAUGAUCAUGAAAAUGAUAAGACAUGCCAAGAUGAUGAUGAGCAAAUGCAUAGUGCUUGUAGUACUGUUAGUAGAAAUGGUAGUAGUGUGCUUAUACGAAAAAUAAGUGAAGAUAGUAAUUGUUCAUCAGUAAUUAGUGUUAUGGUUAGUAGUUCAUCGAUUAGUAAUUAUAGUCAUAGUAGUAGUUCAAGUGAAAUAAAAUCAGAAGAUCGAAAUAUAUCUCAGCAAACAGAAACUGAAAAUUAUGAAGAUGAUACUAAUGUGGAAAGUUGUAAUAAUUCUCGAAAUGCAUCAGCUGAAAAUGAAGAAAUAAAUGAAGAAGGAGGUAGAGAUAAAAAAAGGAAACAUUCAAAUGAAAUGAAUUAUGGACAAUUUGAAAAUAGUUUCGAUAAUAAUGUUUUAAAAAGGGCAAAUAGUACUUAUAUGCAAGAAAAUAUGAAUAAUUAUAUGUUACAACAACCAUAUAAUGUAUAUCCAAAUAAUAAUAGCUUUUUUAAUAAUGGCGGAUCUGAUAUAAGUGGUAGAAAUAAUAAUGUAGGUAUGGAUGUAAACAAUUUCAAUGAUGAUGAUCCAGGAAGCCGUUUUAGAGCAAAUAUAAACGGAUAUAAUUAUGCAUGCAGGAGUAGUAGCAAUAUGAAUAUGUAUGACAUAAAAAAUAUGCACCCAAGUAUGUAUCAAAAUAUGGGGAAUUCGAAUUAUGGAUCGACUUUAAAUGUUUCAAAUGGCAUCUAUAAUGAAGGAUCAAAUUUCAGAAUGCUUAAUUCGUAUGAUGUAGUAAAUGGGAAUGUCUAUAUGGGUCGUGGUGGUGGUAAUUAUUUUAGGGUAAACCCUUUCAAUGGAAACCCUUCAAAUAUACAUAACAUAAAUGAAGAAAUGUAUAAUAUAGGGUUGAGAAAUAUAGUUGGUGAAAAUACCGUAGCAGUUCAAACUAAUGGUUUACAAAACUAUCAACCAAAUAGUAAUAUUAGCAAUAUAAAUAAUUUACAUAAUGAUCUAUAUAUGCAAAACAUAGAUAUGAGCAAUGCUUACAAUCCAGUAUUUUCAAAUAUGUAUAACCAUGCUAGUGACAAUACUAGAUUUUCCAUUAAUGGAAAUAAUAAUAAUAAUAAUUAUUAUCAAUAUAUGAAUGAGCAUAUAAAAAACAACUAUAUGGCAGCAUCAUCUAACCAAUCUACCCCACCUAGACAACCAACUUCUAGUUCAUCUACCCAACCAAGGCAACCUACUUCAAGUUCAUCAAAUCCAAACUUGAUCUAUGAUAUGCCAAAUAAUAAUAAUAAUAAUACACAGAAUAGAUACUACAAUUAA